AUGGCAAAGUGUCUGAAGAUAGCACUCAGGCUUGAACAGCUUCCAAAUGUGUGCAUUUCAACAUUAAAAAAGUAUGCAAAGCACAGUGUCAGACUGGAAAACAUCAAAGACUUGCUGUCUUCCUUCUUUCAGCGGGUACAGGUUGUCACAGUUGAAGAUCUUGAGGUGGAGCUUGCAAUGAAGAAUAGCACAUCAGUCAUAGGAACAGCAAAAGUCGAAUUUUAUCUCAGUACAGCUGACAGCCAAAAUUUCUGUCUCUAUCUUGACUCAAAGAUAACUAGAAUGGUGGAAGAGCAUAUCCAUAAAACUAUGGUACAAGAACUGCUUGGAGCAAUCAACAAGAUUAUUGCAACAUCAACACCAGGUAUUGUGGUACCUGAGGUUCAUGAGGCAUUUUGCCUGUUUCUAAAGUCAAAGACAGACGAAGAGCUUCAUAAGGCCUGCAGAAUUCGUGGCAUUGAAAUAGGAGAUACCGAUUUUGUGAGCACAUUACAACCACAAUUAGGACAACCGAUUCCAAAGGAGUGGCACUACAUGCUGGACCAGAACCCAGACAAUAUCUUUCACGCACAAGAGAUUGUGGGUUAUGAGAUAACUGAGGGAAUCUUCGUUUUUGCCCAAGUUUUAUAUGCAAUUCCUCCUGAUGAUUUAGAUGUGGACCAAGACUCGAUUAAUCCAUUACUGACUAGAUACAUGAUAGCUCUCCCUGACAAAGAGAUGACUGUGACUUCCCUGGACAUAUACAAGUGUGUUAGGAAAAGAAUAGAUAACCUAGCUACAGCCCACACUGAUGAACGAAUAGAAGAAGGUUUAAGAGAAGAAGAACAGUUUACAGAUGCUGCUGCAGCACAGAGGCACCUGUGCCAACAAUUGAAGCAGAUAUGGAAGAUGGAUGAGCCAGAAAGAAGUAGAGCUAUCCGUCGUCUAUACCUACGAUGGCAUCCAGACAAGAAUCUUGAUAAUGUAGAGCUAGCCAACAAGGUAUUCGUAUUUCUAAAGAAACAGAUUGAGCGACUGGAGCAGCGUUUGGACCCUGAAGAAAAAGAAGAGGAUGAGGUUGAUGCUGAGUCAUCAUUGCCUCAAUGGAGAGAGCGCUACAGUGCCUGGGAGGAGACGGUUAACUCUCACACUAGAUACAGAAGUCAUCAUGAGCAGUAUUUCAGGAGUCGACCCAAUUUUGGGUGGGGUAGGCUCUGGAAUGACUGGAGGAAGUUGGCCAACACCACAACCAAAUUUCUCUGA